AUGUUGGUAACAAUGAUACUGUCUGCGCUCCUGAUGCUCCGGGGUCUUGGAGGGUCUGAUGUACAUGUCUUUGGUAAAUCAGUCCGCAGCGGUAAAACCUUGCUCAGCAGCAAUGACGGCACAUAUUCUGUGAGGAAACAGCCACACCAAGAGACUAAAAAUGAAAUCCACAGGAGCUUAGAUCUCGAGAGCUUCAAUAUACACGUGGCUCCCACCACCAGCAAAUUCAGCCUCCCAACCAUCAUCAGGUUCUAUCCGCCCACUGUCAAACCCCUCCACCUGCACGCCAACAUGCCGUUGCGCUUUGGGAGACAGAGUGAUGAAAGGACACCAAACUCCUCUCCCAACCUGCCCCAGAGGUUUGGAAGAUCCUGGGAGGCGAUUCGAGUGUGUGCAGAGUGCCCGAGCGUCAGACGAGCACCGAACCAACUGCUGUCUCAAAGAUUUGAGAGGAAUAGUCCCUACUGGAAGCUUCUGAGGACUGUGGCCAGUGAACAGUUAUUAAACACUGGUUUGCACUGGGCUGAAAACUUUGAUUCAACAACUACCUCAGAUGAAGAAACAGAGCUGGAAGAAAAAAAGAGUAAAGAGUGA